AUGACGCACAAUGGUGUGACCGGCAUGGUGCCGCAGAAGCUCUUGGGAGCCCGCUAUGGCUGCUUUCCCUCUUCCUCCUUGUCCCUCCUCCGCCUCGGCCAGCUGUAUGCUGACACACCAGUGCCACCGCCUCUCCGCCACGGCUGGUGCUGGCUUAUCCUAGAUGCACACGAGGUGUUCGAGGAAAUGCCAGAGAAAGAGAGAGACAUUGAUGCAGACGUUUAUCUAUCCUACAAUGUUAUAUAUACACUCGCCCCAAAUGGAGUUGGUCAUUGCCGCUUCUACUUGGUCUUCCUCCCACGGGUCGGAGCCUGCGCCUGCCUCACCAUGAGCGACCUCGAAAGUGGAUUAAGAUCAAAAGCAUCACCGGAACCAUGGGAUGUUGAGGUCGUUGAAACCAAAACCAUGGCCUGCAGCCCUGUGAGGGGUUCGACCUCUGAUGUCUCAUAUACACUGCGCCCGUCAAGCCCAAGUAGUACUACAACACAUGCAGUUUUCUUGGAGGAAACAUUGGUGAGAAUGGCAAAGGCUGUUCCUACAAGACUAGGUGAGGCGCUGCCCACCAUCUACAAGGUUCCCAAAGAACUUAAAAGGGGUGAUAUGGACAAAGGCUAUGAGCCGUUCGCUGUUGGCAUAGGCCCCCUUGCAGAGAGUAACAACAGCAGCACCGCCCAACUGGAGAACUAUAAAUGGUGCUGCGUGCGGCAGCUGAUUGGCUGGCAGUGGCACGAAGACCACCCAAACAGUGACGAAGAGCACCCAGAGAGUGAAGUCACUGCAGGUCUCCUAAACAAUUGCCUGGGGAGCAUGAAGGGUCUCGAGCAAGAAAUUCGGGCGUCCUACUCAGAAGAGAUUGAGGGCGACAGCGAUAUGCUGGCACUCUGGAUGGUACUCGAUGGCUGUUUCAUCCUCCGUCGCUUGCUCAAGUACGCACGCCUCGGGGAAGGGGAAGCAGAGGGCAUCGCUGAAGACUACGAUAGGACGCAGGUUAUCGGCAGGGUGUGUGUGUGGAAAUUAGUGGCAAGCGACCUACUGCUACUCGAGAAUCAGAUCCCUUUUUUCGUGCUGAGUAAGCUCUUUGAGCAGCUCUGGAUCCCGAGUGGUGAUCCCAGUGACGCCCUGGUCAAGGGCAGCCUUGGGCUUUUCCGCUCUUUCUGUCCCCACAUGCUGCGAACUUCAGUUACUACCAAUUCAGAGAUUGAUCACCACGGCUUGCACCACCUGCUGCACGUCAUCCGCCUCUCCCUCGCCGGCCCAACUGAGGCUGAGAAUGACAAGAACAUCAAGCAUUCCAGCCACCAAACACUCGAUUACAGGGGCGUGCGUGUCCACCACCUGCUUCACCUCUUCUACCUCUCCGUAGCCGGCCCGAGGCCAAAGCCGAGCUACCAAGCAUUCCAGCAGCCAAGCUGCUGAUGUUUUAGUGCUGGAUCUCCCGCCAUGGAUACCCUGUGCCAGGGAGCUGGAGGAGGCCGGGGUCCGGUUCAUAAGUAGAACGGGGGCCGAGAGCUUCCUGGACAUCGAGUUCGACAGCUACAGCGGCGACCUUAAGAUACCACCACUGAGGCUCUAUGAUUUCAGCGACAAGCUGUUCCGGAACCUCAUCGCUUUCGAGCAGACCUACCCACUCACCGGGCGUGACAUCACCACCUACGCCGCCUUCAUGGACUGCCUCAUCAACACGCCCGAGGACAUGCGGAUCCUGCAGCUGCGUGGCAUCCUUGUCAACCAGAUCAACGGCGAGCAGGAUGCCAGCCGCUUCUUCAGCAGGAUCUGCGCGCGCUACGCUGUGGGCUACUGGCCGGACAACAACUACCUGAAAGAUGUCACGGACAAGGUGAAUAAUUACAGGGGCUCCAGGUUGCACAAGUGGCGCGCCGCGCUUGUGCGCAGCUACUUCAGCAACCCCUGGGUGGCCAUGUCGGUGCUGGCUGCCGUGCUCUUGCUAGGCAUGACCAUCCUGCAGACCACCUUCACAGUCUAUCCCUACUUCAGCGGUUCAGCCCUCCAAAGUAAGAACCUGAAGCAAGAAGCAGCUACUUCCACUAUGUCCAUGGGGUCGGGACAACUGCUUGUACUUUCAUUCCAUCAACAACAUCCAACAGGGCACGGCCGAA